GGUGGGAGUUUCUAAUGCUUGCUACUUCAAGGUUACGUACUCUAGCUGCGUAGCUUAUCUCUGACUAUUUGCCAUUGAAUAAUAUCUCAGAAUAAAUAAUGUUAUCUGAUUAUUCAGACAUGCCGUUACCUCCUAACUGGGAGUCUCGACUCGACUCAGAAUCCGGUCACUGGUAUUAUAUUAAUCAUGAGGAUAAGACUACUAGUUGGGAUGAUCCACGACCUGCAUAUUAUUCUGCUCAACAAUUAGACCUUUUAAAUACUUAUCGAAUGGGUUUUGGUGAUCGACAAGAUUUAAUUGGUGAAUUUUUCGACAUAACUGAAAUUUCUUCUAAGUCACAUAAAAAUUCAAAAUCUGUUAACCCUAAACCAUGCGAUGAUCCUAGUAAAGAUGGUCCCGCUACAAAAACUCAUCGUAGUCGAAUUGAAUCAAAUGGAGAAAGUUCAUCACGAAAAGAUACUUAUUCCAAAGGAAGAACUACUUCAACACAUCGUAAUCGUGAAUCAAAAUCAAGUGUUUGUUCACAAAAUGAUAGUGAAUCAUAUCAUUCAUCAAUUUAUUUUUCACCGAAAACUAAUAAAAAAUCUAAGUAUGAUUCAUUAUUACCAAAAACACCAACAGAUAAUGAUGAUCACAAUGUUGAUGAUAAUGUUUUUGCUACGGAAUCAACUAAAAAAGGGGACACAUCGGAAUCCACACAAAAUAAUAAAGAAUCACUUCAAACUAACAGGUUGUCGCUAGAAAAACAUCUUGAUACUGCUGUUACUACUACAACUCUUACUUCCAAUACCAUUAUUCUCACUGAAAAUAAUCCAUUGCAAAAGAUUAAUACUGCAGAAAUAUCGGUUGAAAGGCAGUCAUUGAAUAAUGGAUCAUCUAUAUAUCCAGACAAAACCAUGGGUUUAAUUCUUUGCUCAACUGAAAAAUUACAUCGUUAUCAACCUAUUGGUCCAAAUCCUAAAUUACUCGGUUCACGUAUAAUUCCACAUGGUCCAAAUCCUUUAUUUGUUCAUGGACCAAAUCCAUCAUUAGUACGUGGUUCAAUUUAUCAGUAAGAAUACAUCUCUUCUCCUUAGUAAAUAUAACAAUGUAGUAUCGGUUACUAGAUUAACUCCACAUAGAUUAUUCUAGCUUCUGGACAGGGCAAUUUAUUCAUUGUUCUGAAUUCACGUCUUGACCUUGUUUAUUAUUCGCUUAUGUAGGUGUAUGUGUGUAUUUCUUAUCUUACUCAUCACAUGUCUGUAACUUAUUUGUAUCUGACUAAAUAAAUAUUGAUUAACGCUUGAUUAAAUAAGAGUUGGCCCAUAUUGUGGUGUGUGCUACUUUUAUUGAUAUAAGUAGUAUAUGAUGCGAGUUAAAGAACGUAAUGUGUGGCAGAAGAUGGGGGGAGAUCAAGAAAGGAAGAGCGGGAACGCAAUACAAUUCGUAAGAAAACGCAUGAACAAUGAAAUGUGAGACAAUGGAUUGAUGAUUGCAACAGCAGCAGUCCGGUUUGAUAUUUUGCAAACUAACGAUUUACUACAGUGUUUUUCUAUUUUACCGAGUAACUCUGUAAUUUUGUGCCAAAUACAUUCGAUUGUCUCUACCCGUGUUCUGUUCACUACAAUAUGUCUUCAUUGUACAUCAUUUCAUUUCGCUUCAUUUCUCUGAUUAUUUGUUCCAAUCAACGAGUGUACAGAAUAUACACAUUCAAAAAUCCAUUCUCGUAUUUGACUUAUUUUAUUCCGUUAUUCAAUAGUUACAUACGAGAAUAGCCGAUAUGUAUAUCAUCUCAAUAGUAAUCAGAAGUGAUCAACAACAUAAGAUCUAACUGGAAUCAGAUCUCAGGCUAUUAAAACAGUACAGAUUUUAUUCAUUGAUAAUGAAAGCACUUAUUUGUUAGUCAAACACAUAUAUUCAAUAAUGAAUACAAUAAUCGCUAUUGUGAUAUACAACAAAUGCUAUUUUCUUAAAGAGAAGCCUUCCAUUGUAUAACUUUUCUAUGUUGAAUUAUUAUAUCCCGAUAAGAAUAAUGAAUGGUAACUUUUGGAAUCCAUUUAUAGAGCAAUAGUAAACUUAUAUUUUUAUCGUAUAAUUGUUAAGUAAUUAAACUACGCUUAUUCAUGUUGC